CAUCGCAGGCCUGGGCAGCGGGAGGCGGGGUGAAGAGGGAAGGUCAGCAGACAAGAGAGCUCCAGAGGUGCCCUGGGACCAGCCCCUGUAGAGGGCUCCCCUCCCUUCCAGGGCCUUGGCUCCCACAGGCUCGGACUUGCCUCCCCCCACCCUCCUGUCCUGCCCCUUCACCUGGCAGUAGCCCCACCUCUGGGCCACCCAUUUCCCCCCAGUCUCUGGAAAGGAAAAGGGAGGUAUCCAGAGGGGCCCAGGCACCCAGGAGGCGUUGAGCUGUGAGGAGGGAAGCGAGAGAAGAAACAGAGAGAGAGAGAGAGAGAGAGAGAGAAGAGAGGAGAGAGAUGAGACAGAGAAAGACAGAGAGCAUUAGAGAAGAAAGACUAAAAGCAAUGGGUGAGAUCGAGGAGGGCACAGAGGGACAGAACCCUACAGACAGGAAGAGGAAAGCCACACAUGCACACACACACAUGUGCACACGCGCGCAGAAGCACAGGCCCACAGAGAAUGACAGAGACAGACCCAGGGAAGGAAGGGCACACGCUCACGAAGGGAACAUGGAGGCUCAGAGGGCUUGGAGAGGUGACAGAGACCUGCCCUGUCCCCUUCCAGGCCAUGAGGAUUCUACGAUUGAUCACGCUUGCUCUGGUGACAGGGCAUGUAGGGGCAGAGACCAGGAUCAUCAAGGGUCACCCGUGCUCUCCUCACUCCCAGCCCUGGCAGGUGGCCCUGUUCCAGAAGACACGGCUGCUCUGCGGGGCAACCCUCAUCGCGCCCAGCUGGCUCCUGACAGCAGCCCACUGCUACAAGCCUGACUACGUGGCCCUCCUGGGAGAGUACGACCUGCAUCGUGAGGAUGGCUAUGAGCAGAGGCAAAAGGCCACCAAGUCCUUCCGCCACCCAGGCUUCAACGACAGCCUCCCCAACAAAGAUCACCGCAAUGACAUCAUGCUAAUAAAGCUGCCCAAAGCAGCCACCAUCACCCGGGCCGUGCGACCCCUCGCCCUGCCGUCCCAAUGCGUCUCCCCCGGCACCAACUGCCUCAUUUCUGGCUGGGGCACCAUUUCCAGCCCCCAGUUGCGACUGCCCAAAAUCUUGCGCUGUGCCAACAUCUCCAUCAUCAAGCACGAGGAGUGUGAGCGUGCCUACCCCAGCAACAUCACAGACACCAUGGUGUGCGCCAGCGUGCAAGAGGGCAAGGACUCCUGCCAGGGCGACUCUGGGGGCCCUCUGGUCUGUAACGGGUCUCUUCAGGGCAUUAUCUCCUGGGGCCAGGACCCAUGUGCAGUUUCCAGAAAGCCCGGUGUCUACACAAAGGUCUGCAAGUAUGUGGACUGGAUUCAGAAGACCAUACGCAACAAUUAGCAGGACUACACACACGGUCGAGAGCUCAGUGUGUUGAAGUCUGCUCCUUCUUGUACCAAACUCUAAGACCCUUCCAUCAUGUCCUUUGGACCGCCUUCGUUAAUCGAGGUACUACAGCUUCAUAAUCAGCUUUGGGUUUGGAAUCAGAAUCCUGAGUUCAAGUCCUGACUCGGACUAUCUUGUCACUCUGGAAAUGACCAUAAAACUGUUUCGUCUCCUGUUUUAUCCCCGAUCCCAAAACCUUCUUUGCAAAGGCUGAAGUUUCAAUAAAUAUUUGAAGAAUGAAUGAA